CACGCGCUGCAGGUGAUGCCUCGCUUACGUGUGGGGUCGCUCGGCCCCAGCUGCCAAGACCUCCACCGCCUUGCCGGGUUGCGGGCCCUGCAGGGUUCCGCUGGACUCCUCUCCACGGGGCACUGCCGCUAGUCCUUGCGUUUUCUUUCCCCUCUCGCCGAGGCAGUAUAGGGUUUGGGGAGUGGCGGACCUCAUCGUCCUCGGAGGAGCCCAUCCGUGUGGGGAGGCAUCGGCAGUGCGGCGGCGAGCAGGAGAGGCGGACACUAUCGGUACCUCGCCGCGCAGCCGCCGGAAUGCGCCGGCUCUAUCGCGGUCGCUCUGCUCUCUCCUCUGCUGCGGUCCCCUGCCUGAGACGUGUUGCAGUCCCUGCCGUGUUUCUGCAUUUCGUCAGGGUUUGGAUGGAUGCUCCUGCUCCGUCGCGGCGACGUUGCAGGGAGCCUUCCAGUUGCGGUGCCAGGAAUGUGCGUGCUAGGUGCCCUGCAUCGGAUCUGGCUGCCUUGCGCCGCCGGCGUCGAGAGGCAGCUGCUGAGGCCACUUUGGCUGCUCGUGUGGGUGCUGGUUCUGCCAGGAACGUGCAGUCACGGCUGGCACUCCUCCAUGUUCCUUUGUUUCCACAGGCCACUGGAGUUUCAGCUCCUGCCCCUGUUUCUAUUGCCCCACGAAAUUACAUAGCGCUUAGAGACCAUUUCUGCCCGCUCGUGCCUGUGUCUGUUGCUAGAGAAAAUAGAGCCAGACGAAUGGCCAGGAAUAGGAACAGGGCUCGGAUGAGGAAAGACUGUUUACUUCCUGCAUCUAUUAUUGAGCCUAUACUUGCCUUCCCAAAAGAAUAUGCCACUCUGCUGAAAGAAAUGUAUUCUGGCCGAUCUUACUAUGGGGGCCGGAUCUAUGAGACCAAGCAUGCAACCACCUUCUUCUGAGGAGGCCAACUUUCCACCCACUGUAGACACUAUAGCAGCCACUCCAGGUACACAUGGAUUCUUUUGCGUGCUUUAACAUUUAGCGCGGAUAGUGACAGUAUGACACUACCUUUUGGCAAUUGCCGUUGUGACAUUCUUUUGGGUGCCUCGCCAUGAGACGCCGCUUCAAGGAAUUCUCCAGAUUAAAUUCCCCAGGACAACCAAACACACAGUGCCUUGGAAACCAGCCUGGAAAUGAUGACCACAUUACAAUAGCAAAGAACCUGACUCGCCUUCUCAGCAAGAUAUAUCACCCAAGAAGAACCUGCUCAAGCUUGCCUGCUGGUUUCGACUCUGUGUGUGUUGGGUUAUCCAAAUCUAUUGUUGCAACUGCAAAUUGUAGGCUACCUGGUUUAUGCUUGCUCCUUCAGCAUCACGGCUAAACCUAUUUGAUCAGGCUAGGAAUUUAUAAAUCCACCUGUGUCAAGCAACUCUAUAUUGCCUGUGAUCCUUGAACCUUAAUCCUAUGUAUGAAAGUUGUACUCUUUGUGGUAUUUUUCGGUUCCUCUACUUCCCA